AUGGCAGUUUUGAGAGUGAAAUUUACCAAAACCAAGAGGGACAAACUAGCCCAGGUUUUAUGGCUCCUGAACUGGUUCUCAGUCGUGGCAGGGGCCAUCCUUUUCAGCUUGGGCGUCUUUCUGAAGGUGGAGCUGAACAAGCGAGAGGAAAUGAUGGCUGACAGGGACAUUCAUUAUGUACCCAACAUGCUGAUUGCUGUGGGCCUUAUCGCCUGUGCCAUAAACUUCCUGGGAGGGAAGAUCUGCUACGACUGUGUGGACACCAACAAGUUCAUGCGCUGGAAGCUGAUUCUGCUGCCCUACAUCAUAUGCACCUUCUUCUUCACCUUCUGCAUUCUGGUGGGGGCACUGAUGUGUUAUACCAUGCAUGGGGAGCUUGAGGAGUCCCUAAACCAGGGGCUGGCAAAGGCCAUGAAGUUCUAUAAGGACACAGACAUGCCGGGACGAUGCUUCCUGAAGCGCACAGUGGACAUACUGCAGAUGGAGUUCCAGUGCUGUGGGAACAAUGGGUACAGAGACUGGUUUCAAAUCCAGUGGAUUAGCAACAGAUACUUGGAUAUGACCCACAAAGCGGUGAUUGAGUAAGUGUAAACUGAAGAAGGAUCUUGGUUUAGUAAAGUGUAGGUUCACAUUGAAUACACACUAGACAAGGACUGUUUCAAAAAUCCUCGUCCUUAAAAGAUCAUACACUCAGACCCUGAUCUUCCUCUUUUCCCUGUUUUUUAGUCGGUUUAGAAGUAAUGUGGAGGGAAAGUACCUGAUGGAUGGCGUCCCCUUCAGCUGCUGUAACACCAAUUCCCCAAGGCCCUGCAUCCAACAACAGAUCAGCAAUAACUCAGCUCAUUUUAACUACGAGCACCAGACAGAGGAGCUCAACCUGUGGAUGAAGGGCUGCCGCCAGGUGCUGCUGGAGUAUUACACCUACAUCAUGCAGUCCAUCGGCCUUACCGUCCUCAUCAUAUGGCUUUUCGAGGUGAGGGGCUGCAGACAACUUAUAACAACAGUUUUUGAUAGUAGACCAUCACAAUCUGGGGCACUGACCUCUGUGGGGAUGGCAGGGUAGUUGACCCCAAGGUUUGAGGUUUAUUUCCACUAACCAGAUCUGCUUGAGUUUUUUAUAUAAAAGAAUCCAGCAAAUGUUUUAUAUUUUAAUACAGCUUUAGGAACAUUUAAAUUUGCUGAUCUUUCUUCUCUAAAGACUCAAAAAGAAGUUUGUCCAAAAAUACCAAAAAAAAACAAACUUUCCGCAGUGAAAUGUAAAGACCAGCUUGUUGAAACACAACCCAUGCAGGUGAUUUCAACAAAAGUACUGCCUUAUACAGAUAAUGGCCAGUCAUGAUUAAGGAUUUCAGGGCCGUGGCCACCUUUGGCUCUGCCACUGCUGUAUCAGUCCAUUUGUGGGAUUUGAGUUUCUAAAGAAGUGGCAGUAGCCCAGCUGAAAAAAAAAAGUGCAUUUUAGUUGUUCACCUGAAACAACGGCACUGACAUGAGAGAAGUCUUCAAACUGUAGCGGCAAAAGGAAAAAAGUGACAUUUCCUGAGACGGAUUUUGCCUUUUUAGUUCUGAGAUUCUGAGACUGAUCGAUGUGUCUGGUUUCAGCUGUCGGUGUUGACAGGGGUCCGUUUCCUGCAGACCUCCCUGGAAAAUGUGGUGAAACAGGGGGACCCUGACUCCGAGUCUGACGGCUGGCUCCUGGAAAACAGCUUUAUGGAAACGGCCCGCAUGAACCUGAACAUCAUCAAGAGCCUCGGCAAGAGCAACCAAAUAGACAGUGGCAACAACGGAGACCCCAACAUUAAUGUUCCUGCUACCUCCAAAGCCAACUAUGGGCCAGACAACGUGCCACCAAAACCAGUCUCUGAAGCCAGCUGAUAGAGCAGUACACCUCAGGGAACAGCAAGAGGCCUUCAUCAGGACUCCAGAAACAGUUGCUCUUUUUAUAUGAGAUGUUGCCUUUUUGACUCUAACAACUACCAAUUCACCAAAGUCUUUCCAUAAACUGUCCUUUUGCUAUUGUUGACAGUACUUUUGAAAUUAUUGAUAACCAUUAAUGCACAUUUUCACAUAUACAUCCAUAUUUAUGUGUACUGUCAUCUGUUGUUUACAAAUGAUAUCUUGUUGCAUGUGAAUCAAGUGGUUUUCCAACAAAAUUCUGCUGCUGGAGUCAAAAUGAUACUGAAGGACUUACGAAAAUGCAGUAAGAGAUUUGAUAAUUGAUAGUUUAUAAACUGAAUUCUAGGAUAAGUCAGCUUCUAGCUACAUAUAUCUUGCAGUACAAAAGCGAGCAGAACAUGAUGAAUUAUUAAAUUAGUUUGUGGUUUUCUCAUUAGGUCUUGUAUAGAAGUAAUGAUGGCAAAUUUUAGGGUAAAUUCAGUCUGCUGUUGCUCUUACAUUAGUAAUGAGCACAUCAUCGGUCAGACAAUAUACUUAUUACACACAAAAAGUACCAGAGUCUUAUGUGCCUCGGCAAUGUGAUGAUUUAUGACUAUUUCCAAUUUUUUUUUUAGAAUUAUGAAGGAUGAAUGAUCUGAACAAACAAUAAUUAGCAGGGACCAUUUUCAAGGUUUAAAAUUUUUAGUUUGUAAGACUUCAAAUUCAAAGUUUUAUUAUUCAGGAAUUGUAAAUUACUUCUACUGAG